GGAAUCUUGAGUUUGACAACUCAUUACCCUCUUUUAACCUUGCAAGGAACCUCCGUCUUUGCUUUCAUCAUUCUCUCUCUCUCACUUCCGUUUGAUUCUCCUUAAGCUUAUAUAUUUUCGUCUUCAAGCUUAAGAAAGGCAACUUCUUUCUUUUGUCCCCUGUGAAGAUGUGAUUGUGUAAAAACGGAAACUUUACUAUCUGGGUCUUUCCUAUUUUUGGUAUCUAAUUAGUGAUUUAGGUUAUUGGGAGUUUUAUUUAGGGUUGUGUUUAACUUUUUAAGACAUGGAGGAGAUAGAAGGAGCCAACAGAGCAGCUGUAGAGUCUUGUCAUAGAGUUCUUAACCUCUUAUGUACACCACAUCAACAAAAGCAUGGGUACGAUGUCAGUUUAGUGUCUGAAGCUAGAGAAGCUGUGUUUAGGUUCAAGAGAGUGUCGACUCUGUUAAGUACUAGUGUGGGUCAUGCUAGGUUUAGAAGAGCCAAAGCAUCUCAGUCCCAUUUUUCUCAAAGCAUCUUCCUUGAUCCUGUUCACCAAAGAACAGAACUUCCACUAUCUCAGACAGCACCGGUGAUCCGGUCUGGUUUGCAUGAUUUGAGCACUGAUUCCCUCACUUUAGGGACCAGGUCUUAUAGUUCAAACUCAAAUGCAAAAACGCCUAUUCUUCAGCUUAGCCAAGCAAGGCCUUCUUCAAAUUAUCAGAAUAUGUUUCUUGAACAUCAACAGCAACAGAAGUUACAUGAACGCUUACAGGCUCACCAUCAUCAUCAGCAGCAACAACAGCAACAACAGAAACUUCAAGCUGAGAUGAUGCUAAGGAAGUGCAACGGCGGUAUAAGUCUGAGUUUUGAUAACUCAAGUUGUACUCAAACCAUGUCAUCCACUAGGUCUUUUGUUUCAUCCCUAAGCAUAGAUGGGAGUGUUGCUAAUGUAGAAGGAAGAAACUCCUUUCAUUUGAUAGGGGUUCCGAGUUCAACCGAUCAGAGUUCACAACACUCUAAGAGAAGAUGUCUCAUGAAAGGAGAAGGACAACACUCUAGCAGAUGUCACUGCUCUAAGAAGAGGAAACAUAGGGUUAGGAGAUCGAUCAGAGUGCCUGCUAUAAGUAACAAGGUUGCAGAUAUCCCUCCUGAUGAUUAUUCGUGGCGAAAAUAUGGUCAGAAACCCAUCAAGGGCUCUCCUUAUCCCAGGGGAUACUACAAAUGCAGUAGCAUGAGAGGUUGUCCAGCGAGGAAGCACGUUGAGAGAUGCUUGGAAGAUCCUGCAAUGCUUAUUGUUACUUAUGAAGCAGAGCAUAGCCAUCCAAAAUUGCCAUCUCAAACUGUGACAACUUAACUUUCAAUGUAUCCUUUGUGUGCUUUGCUCCAUUAUUGUGUGAUAUAUGAUUCAGAGGAGCAGUGCCUUUGUUUUGGGGGUGGGGGGUUUACUGCAAUAGUUGUUGGGCUUGGGUUUAGGGGUGGGUAAAAAUUGUAGGAUUUGUCAAGACUCGUUUCUCAAGUUUAUUAUUGCUACUUAAUGAUUC